AUGGAUGAUCAAGACCGCCAGGUUCUGAAUAAACUAUGGAGGAGUGAUCCCAAAAAUGAAAAGAAACGUAUUCAGAAUACCAAGGGUGACCUCCUGAAAGAUGUAUACGAAUGGAUCCUCAGCAAUCCUGACUUCAAAAGAUGGCUGGAUGGCCAAGAGCAUCGAAUUCUUUGGAUCCGUGGAGACCCUGGAAAAGGGAAAACUAUGCUGCUGUGUGGCAUCAUUGAUGAACUGCAACUUUCAAUCGGGGAAUCAAAAUUACUAUCGUUCUUUUUCUGUCAAGCUACCGAUCCAAGACUCAACAACGCCACGGCUGUACUUCGCUGCCUAAUCCGCCAGCUCAUCGACCAGCAACCAUCUCUGAUCUCGCAUUUGCGAAAGAAAGCUGACAAGUAUCAAGACAUAUGGUCCUGGUACGACUUAUUGGAGAUUUUCACUGAGUUCGUAGAGGACGAACGGUUGAAACCUACCUUCCUGGUGAUUGACGGUUUAGAUGAGUGUGGCGAUGGUCUUACAGAGCUGUUCACGAUGAUCAUGGAACAUUCUUCGUGCCCAAAAAUCAAAUGGGUUGUUUCCAGUCGCAACUAUGCCUCUAUUCAUGAGCAACUUAGCCGUGCCGCACAAUUAUCUCUUGAGUUGAAUGCUCAGUCGGUCUCUGACGCGGUUGAACAUUAUAUCCAACACAAGAUGAGGCAGUUGACGCAGCGGAAAAUGUGGAAUUCCGAAACACAAACUAUCGUACGAGACCACUUGACUCAGAACUCAGGCGGCACAUUUCUCUGGGUGGCUUUGGUUUGCGAGCAUCUCAUGAAAAAGUCUUUCCUGUAUCCUACUACACAAAUGAAGCUAUUCCCCCCUGGAUUGGAUGCACUAUAUGAGCGCAUGUUGCAGAGGGUAAGUGAAUCUGAUGGGAAGGACUUCUGUCUAAGAAUCAUCGCCUUAGCUGCAAUGCUCUACCGACCGAUCACAUUAUCGGAACUGCUACACUUUGUUGAAGUUCCAGAGGAUGCGCGCGAUCAUGAAUUAGACUUCCUGCAUCAUGCCAUCGUCCUAUGUGGAUCGUUCCUGGUAAUUCGUGAAGACACUGUGUACAUCGUGCAUCAGUCAGCGAAGGAGUUUUUGGACAAAAAGGCGGCUCAGAAGGAGAUAUCAUCCGAGGCUGAAGAAAUACAUUUCCAUGUGUUUUCAAAAUCAAUGGACGCCAUCUCUGAAGGGCUGGUUCGUGACGUCUAUGGUCUACGUGCCCCUGGAUAUUCGAUCGAUCAGGUCAGGUGCCCGGUUCCCGAUCCGCUGGCCACAAUGCAGUAUGCCUGUGUCUACUGGGUCGACCACCUCAUCGAAUGCUAUAGCCGAACAGAAGUCUAUGGAAAUUUCAAUGAUGGCAGCUCGGUUGAGACUUUCUUUUGUAAAGAUUACCUUCAUUGGCUCGAAGCACUGAGCCUUUGGAGAAUAUUACCAACCGGGAUAGCUUCAAUCCUGAAGCUCAGAAAUUAUUUGGAGGUGCGUGUCGUGGUCAUCAUAAACAACGGAUUUCUUUUAACUUAA